ACUCAUUACCAAAAGCUAGAAUGUGCAGAGAAGUUCACUGCUGAUCACAGAGCAGACACCCAGAAAAAAGAAAAUGAAUGAUCAGAAGCAGUACAACUUGGGAAGAGUCAACACUAAGAUUUUCUAAUGAUUCCUAAUUAUUUUUACAUUUUUUUUCUUUUGGCAGGACAAAAAGAUCAAUGAUUUUCUGUUGCUCCCAGAUUUUGGCCCCAAGACUUUCCCUUUUUGUUUUCUUGAUCAGAUGAGGAAGCAAACAAUUCCUCCCCAUGCAUUAUUGCACUUUAAUGCUCAGGUAUCUCUCUUGAUUCUGAAGCUGCCUGCAAGGAGCUCUCGUUGGGGCUCUGGAGAAAAAAGUUUCCAGCUUCAGCAAAAUUUAUUUAACCUUGUACCAAAGGGGGAAAAAUAUCUUGCAAAGAACUAAAAGGAUGAUAAUGCAAAAGGAUGUAUGAAGGUAUUGCCACUGGGAAAAGAAGAGAGAAAUAAGGAAGAGAGAAGAAACCACAAAGAAACAGAGGAGCAGCAUGGGGAACUUUUGCCGGAAACAUUGCCCUUGGAUGCAGCGGUGUGCCCCUUGGCUCUUUCAAGAGAGUGAUGGAGGACAGGGAGAAAGCUAUAAGACAGGGACAGGCCAAGAUAACCAAGGCUGGGUGGGAGAUGACUACCAGACAGACAAUACUUCUCAGAUAACAACGAAGAAAGUUGUGAGAGCUGGCACUGGAAUUCCUUUGCCUCCACCACGUGAGCAGAAGCCCAAGAACCACCACAAGUUUGUGGCACUGUUUGAUUAUCAGGGCCGCACUAAGGAGGACCUGAGCUUCCGAGCCGGGGAUAAACUUGAGGUGCUAGAUGCAUCUCCUGAGGGUUGGUGGUAUGCUAGCCUCCUCCUGGACAGUGGAUCAACAUGGCCUGGACAGAAGCUGCGUGGCUACAUCCCUGCCAACUAUGUAGCUCCUGAUCAGAGCAUUGAGGCUGAACCAUGGUUUUUUGGACCAGUCACGCGAGCAGAUGCAGAGAAACAACUGUUGUGCCCUGAAAAUCAGGCAGGAGCCUUCCUAAUCCGAGAAAGCGAAAGUCAAAAAGGCGAAUUCUCUCUUUCAGUCUUUGAUGGAGCAGUUGUGAAACACUACAGGAUCAAACAGGAGGCUGACGAGGGCUUUUUUCUUAGCAAAAAGAAUAUUUUUAAAACAUUGAUUGCUUUUGUUGACCACUACACCAAUAACAGCGAUGGCCUCUGUGUAAAGCUCGGGAAGUCCUGUAUAAAGAAAAAGGUUCCUACUCCUUUCGAUUUGUCAUACAAAACUGCAGACCAGUGGGAGAUAGACCGAAAUUCUCUGAAACUGUUGAAAAAAUUAGGUUCUGGUCAAUUUGGUGAGGUGUGGGAAGGUCUCUGGAAUAAUACUACACCAGUGGCAAUCAAAACAUUAAAACCAGGUUCAAUGGAUCCAAAGGACUUCCUGAGGGAGGCACAAAUAAUGAAGAACCUUAGACAUCCAAAGCUUAUACAGCUCUAUGCGGUUUGCACUUUAGAGGAUCCAAUUUAUAUUAUUACUGAGCUGAUGAGACAUGGAAGUCUGCUAGAAUACCUCCAAAAUGAUGCAGGUUCACAGGUCCAUCUGCCAGAACAAAUAGACAUGGCAGCUCAGGUUGCCUCAGGAAUGGCUUACCUGGAAUCCCAGAACUAUAUCCACCGGGAUUUGGCAGCCAGGAAUGUCCUUGUGGGUGAACACAAUGUUUACAAAGUGGCAGAUUUUGGACUUGCAAGAGUUUUUAAGUUAGAAAAUGAAAAUGUAUAUGAAGCUAAACAUGAAACGAAACUCCCUGUGAAAUGGACAGCCCCUGAAGCGAUCCGCUCCAAUAAAUUCAGCAUUAAGUCUGAUGUGUGGUCAUUUGGAAUACUUCUCUUUGAAAUAAUCACCUAUGGGAAGAUGCCUUAUUCUGGUCUGAUGGGCUACCAAGUAAUCCAGAAGCUGGAUAAAGGAUACCGAAUCCCUCAACCAGCUAACUGCCCAGAUAAGCUCUAUAACAUUAUGCUGGAGUGCUGGAGUGCAGAACCCAAAGUACGGCCCACUUUUGAAACAUUGCACUGGAAACUGGAAGAUUAUGAUAUGGACUCUACAUGCUAUACUGAUGCAAAUGCUUUUGUAAAAUGAACAUUGAGGCAGAGACUGAAGAAAAUCAAACAAUCAGUUAAAUGAGUAUGGUGUAAAGGGUAAAUUUAACCUCAAAAUACGAGGGAGGAGAGGUUUAAAUUAUUAGAUGAAACUAAGGAAUUUUAUAAAUUGCCAAGGCUAUGGUGAUUCUCCAGGACACUAGAGAUUUUAAUGUCAGCCAUUGUCUUGCAAAAUUAAGAAAACUGAAAUGAGGGGGCUUUUUUUUGUAAAAUAAGCUCUCUUCUAUUUAUUAUAGAUUGUUGCUCAAUAAGCACUGUUGCAUUGCACUGUUUAUCUUCUAGAAUGGUUAUUUGUUACUCCUUAGAUUGCUGAAGCCCAUCAGCUGGUUGCUAUGAAGGAAUCUGAUUACUUUGUUGCACAGCAGGACCUGUGCUUUGAGACUUCUCUUUUCUUUUUUAAAAUAUCCUGUGACUAUAAUGCUGGCAAAGCCAUAUCAGGUGUCUGAUUGUACAUGAGGUGCACAUUCCUUUGCUAAAGAGGAAAAUGAAACAGAUAUUGGGAAAAUAAUUAAAAUAGCAGCAAAACAUGAACUUUUUGCUUUGUAUACAUGCAGUGUCUCUCUUAUAAAAUAAUCACAAUCAGCAUUAGUUGACUAAGGCUAAGACUCAGAUAGCGUUACAACGUUAAUGAUUUUUUAAAUUAUCCACUGAGGUGCAUAGGAACAUUUUAUAAUUCAUGAAUUUUAAGAAUCAUGAAGCCAGGGUGACCGGACAGAAAAUGUGAAAAAUCGGGACAGCGGGUGGGGGGUAAAGGAGCCUAUAUAAGCUUCCUCUGCUACAGGAGAAGUAGAGCGUGGCUGAUUAUAUGCGGGUCUGAGCAUUGUUAGAAACAUUUAAAACAAUUUUUCCAAUUCUAGGUAAAUUAGCCAGACUUAUGGCUUCUGCUAAAUCCUGAGACCUUGAAGGCUUUUGUGUGCAGCAUAAUUGUGAACUAUAUUUUCCCUUUCAUUUUCAAUUAUUGAACUAUAGAAUCCAUUGUAGUCUGUAAUAUUAAUACAACACAUAUUAUGGGCUCAAAAUAGUCUAACUACUUUCUCCCAAUAUCAGAGAUAUAAGGUGUCUGCCAGGAAAAUCCUAAAAUAGAUAUAAAUAAAUGAAAAGAUUCCCUAACCUAAAGUUUGUAUCUUUCAUUGCUUAUUCUCUCUGCCAUUUCCUUGUUAUUUCCUUCUCCUUACACAUCAAGUCUAUUUACUCCAUUUCAGUACCCCACACUUUCCCCCCUCAUUUGUAAUCUAUUUUUAAUUUCCUCUUUGUCUCAUCUCUUCUUUUCUUGGAAAGCAGCAUCUUCUUCUUUUCCACAUACACCCCAUUCUCUGUUGUCUACCCAAAACUCCCUCCUUUAUUAUACAGUUUCUUCCCCACUUCCUCUUUUCUUUGUCCCUCUGUAUUCUUAUCUCGCUAUCCUCCUUGCUUUCCUUUGUUUUUCAGGUUAAAUGACUUGGCCAAAGGCACAGUGGAAGUCAGUGUUGGGCACUGGGAUAGUCUCAUGAUGAUGAACCACCCCCCUCUUUGUAACAAGAGCUCACACUGGCUACUCAGCAGUGAAGCAAGCUCAGCUACUGAUUAGUGGCCAGCAACCAGAUGGAGCUUGUGAUGACCAUAGCACCAUCAGCCCAGGAGGCAGUCCCCUAGUCAUAAAUUCCAGUCCAGGAUCCUUACAACCAUGGGCUUAACAGGUCCCAUGUACAACUUGACUUUGGAUAGCCUAUU